UUGUCGAAAACAAUUCAGCUACGCUAAAGCCUACAUUAUUUCUGAAUAUGGGCUCUCGAUAUUAGGUUCAAAUGCGUUUCUGAUUUUAAGAGAUUACGUUUCCACGUACGGUGGGUUUGGGGGGCUGUUUAUUAUCACGUUAUGUUUUUUUUCCCGCCGGUUUUGGAAUGUAUAUCGUUGUUUGGGAAAUGUGUGGAUAGAUAGGCUUUGUGUUUACAUGAACUCGUUGUUGUACUCAUAUUUUAUGCACUGUACACUGUAUAUUUAGAGUAUGUAUCAACGUAUCCCUACAGAAAGGAAAAGAACUGAUCUUUAGUUUGGAAGUGAAACUAUGGCUGGGGCUGUGGCUAUGGCGUCUGUCAUGGAGGAUUUUGAUGGUCAGCCGUGUAAGAAAUUGAGGAAGGAUAGUGAUGCAUCAUCUGUCAGAACUAUCACUAACUACUUUAUGCCCAAGCCUGUGGAGAAACCGUUCUCCCCGCCACGGUCGAACAACAUUAUGGACUACUUUAAGAGGACCUCACCUGCACAAGAAAUAAAAAGCUGCAAUCUAGUUGCUAAAGAAAACUCCCCGCAACCUUCAGAGCAAGCAAGUCGUGAAAUCCCUGGGAAACCUGUGAGAGGACAGGGGCAGAAGCGAACCAGGAAGGCCAAAGACAACAAGAAGGCUAAAGAGGAGGAUGCACAGGUGGUCACAGAUGAUGUUGUCGUCAUAGAAAGUCCCAGUGAAGCAGCUGUAAAGGAAAGUGAUAAUGCUGUCCUUCCAGCUCAAGAAUCUGAUGUGAGGAAAAAUGCUAGUGAGGCUGAUCCAGAUGUCUUGAUGACUGCAGAAAGUUCUGAACAAAAACACUUGUUAAACCAAAGCAGGAGGAAAGACUGUGCAAACAGAAAAUCUGCUGUGAGGAGAAACCGAAAGGCUAAAGCUGGUUGUGAAGAGACUAAGGAAUGUGAUGCAGAUGCUCAGGAGCCUGUAUGUGAGACUCAACUGGAGGAAAGUGCAGAAAAGAAAAGCAGCACGGUCACAAUCUCAUUUAAAGACUUCUUGCAGAAUCAAAGUCAAGAGGAGGAGGAGAGCAUUGCGAUUCCCAAAACUGACACAGCUGAUGCAUCGAGUGAAGGCAACCUCUGUAAUGAUCAGAGCGAUUCUGCAAUCGGUCCUCUGCAGGUGUCUCCCCGAACUCUCACGGUUCAAGUUGAGGUGCAUCCCAUUUCCCCUGAGUCGGUCAAAGUUGCCAAGGAGUUAAAAGUCGCGUCUAUUUUUAGUAAAAAUAAAAAAAUUCAAUCAAAAGAAGACAAGAGUUUGUCUGAUCCUCUCCCAGAGGUUAAACUGGACGUAUUGCCUGACCUCAAAAGGAAGUCUAACGUCGUUCUUCUUGAGGAAGAACUGGAGCUUGAUGUGGUGGAGUCCAGCCCCAAUCCUAAAAGCACUGAGGCAGAGAGAAAGCAGUUUAUGAAUGCCUUUAAGCAGCCUAGUCUUGAUGGUUUUAAAAGCAAAACCAGCAAGGGCCAGAGCAAGCAGAAUCAGGUUCAAGAGAAAGCCAAAGAUGCUGCAGACAAACAACAUGAAGAAAAAUCUCUUGAGAGCAAAACUGAAGAAAAAUCUCUUGAGAGCAAACCUGAAGCGACCAGCUCGGAGCAGCACGAAGAACAGAAGAGUGACAAAAAGAAGCGAGUUAGGAAAUCUGGGAAGAAGGGGCAAGCUAAGAAAGCUGAAGAUGCACAAGCUGCAACUCCAAAACCUGAAGAAGCUCCUGCAGAGAUAGAGGUUGACAAAGACAGUAGCCAAGCUGAAAAUGACAACAGUGAAAAGGCUGUCAGAGAGCUGAGGAGGUCGACCAGAGAGCUUUCACGUAGGCAGUCGGCCGCUGUGCUUAAUACCGCGUCACAGAAGAAAGAGAGGCAAGAGGACACGGUAAAAGGUGGUGAUGAGACCCAAAAUACAGCCUCUCCCUCUCUGGCCUCUACCCCAAAAACUCAAAGGCCCAAAAGAGGCAUGUUUAGAGCUGAAAUGCUCUGCCCGUCGAACAUCAAAGGCAGCCCUAUCAGGAUGAGAAUCACCAGAGUAUUUCCAUCCUCUGCUACAAAAGCUGGUGAUUUUGAAAUAUCAAGUCCUCUCUCAAAACAGGAAGUAAAUGCUGAUAAAAAAAGAAAACAAGCUAGAAAGCUGCUGCAGAAAGCCAAAGCUCUACAGCAAAGUAAAAAAGACACUAAAAAGGAAAAAGACACUGUACGACGCUCCACAAGAUGCAAAGAGUCCAUCGUAAAUUACUGUGAAGAUGAGGAUUCUGUAGUGUUUUUGGAGGAAAGCAAAAGCACUCCAGUCACCUCGCAGGAAAGUGACAAAAGCCAGAAGAAGCUUCGCAGUUUGAAUGAAGUUUUGGGUAAAAAUGCAUCUCAAAAUAAAUCAUCCAAGACUCCUGCAGCUUCUAAAGUGGCUCCUCUGUUUGGUGAGAAAAAGGCUCAGAGACCGUCAGUUGUCAUCUCCAUUUUUGACGACAGCAGUCGAGAGGCGUCAGAGAACUCGCAAGACGAUGAGCAGUUCAGAGCAAAGAGAGAGUUUCUGAAGAGCGGCCUUCCGGAGUCCUUCAAAAAGCAGAUCGCAAAGACAGCAGCCAGCCGUGAGGCUUACAGUCAGGCUUGUGCUUCCUUCCAGACAGUGGUUCAUGUCCAGCAGAGGGCCACAGAUUGUUCUGUUUGGAACCUCCAGUGGCCUACGAAUCCCUUUCUGAGUUGUUUGAAGGAGUCAUAUAAUUUACCAUCUGUACCGCUGAUGUCUUUGGAGAAGUCUUUAGGUUAUACUACAGUUCCUGCUAAAAGAGCUGUUUGCAAUCAGAUAUCCUGUUGUCGAAGAUCUGAGUUUUCUGAGCCAAUCAGACAGCAUCUUUUGGAGGAGAUGAAAAUCUCCAAUCCCUCCUUCCCUCAUCAACGCUUUUUUACACGGUUUCUUAAGAGACGUGAAGACUACAUCCUCCAGGCCUCUGCCUCAGAACCUGAAGGUGAGUCUAAGGUGUCCUGCCCUGCUGGAUCAUCUGAUGGCGUCGGAAGGAAACGGAAGCGAGUGGAUGAAGGAGAGGCGACAGGAAAAGUGGGUAAAAAACCAAAGUCCAAUCACACAGAAGGGGAUGUCAUAGUGAUUGAAGAAAGUCCGCCAUCAGGAGGUCAGGCAGCACAGAGUGUCUCAGACACUGUCCCGUCUGGCAGAAGUCGAAGAGGUCGUUCACUAAGACAAAAGCAGAAAGAAGAGCGCAAGUCAGCAGAGUUGAUCUCACCUGUGGGAAACCAAAAUGAUGCUGUCAUUAUGGUAGAUCCGCCUGUCCCAGAAACUUCGAGCACCGGAGAUCGAGUGAAAGAGGACGUGCUUUGGACAGAGAAAUAUCAGCCGCAGCAUUCGAGUGAAGUAAUCGGGAAUAUGGAGUCUGUCCGGCGGCUACACAGCUGGCUGAAAGAGUGGAAGUUGAGAGCUGACCGGGAAGAGAAGAGGAAACAGCAGGAAAAGAAGCAAGAGGAGGACAGUAAUGACUCCUGGCUCAUAGGUGAAGGCCUGGAUGAGACAGAAGAUCUUUUGUGUAACACACUUCUUAUCACUGGACCCACUGGAGUGGGCAAGACUGCUGCAGUCUAUGCCUGUGCACAGGAACUCGGUUUCAAGGUAUUUGAGGUGAACUCCUCGUCUCAAAGGAGUGGUCGUCAGAUCUUAUCCCAGCUGAAGGAAGCCACUCAGUCCCACCAGGUGGACAUCCAGGGUGUCAACGCUCAAAAACCAUCCUACUUCAGCAAUUAUAGCAGCAACAGCAUUACCAUCAAACCUGGCAACUCUCCCAGGAAGUUGAACUCUCCCAGAAGGGUUGUAUCAUCGCCCAGGAAGCCUCCUCAGUCUCCUCGAAGUGCUUCAUCCAGAAGAGGAGGCUUAGCGCCGACAUCUCUGGCCAGUUUCUUCAAAGCAGGUGGAAGGCCCACCGGCAAAGAAGCAAACAGUCAAGACAAGAAAACACAACCUGUCUUAAAAGCAUGUCCGAAAAAGUCUGCCAAAGCAAAAGAGGCUGACAGCAAAGAGAGCCCCAGUGGAACUUCAGCGGGCACCAAGACCUCCGCUGAAGACCAGGACAAGAGGACUGCCACAUCCCUCAUCUUAUUCGAGGAGGUGGACAUCAUAUUUGAUGAUGAUGCUGGAUUUCUGGCUGCAAUAAAACACUUCAUGACUACAACCAAGAGACCAGUCAUUCUAACAACCAGUGAUCAAACCUUUGGUGCUACAUUUGAUGGCUACUUUGAGGAGAUCCAUUUCAAAUCUCCUUCAGUGGCCGAUGUUUCCAGUUACCUCCAGCUGCUGUGUCUGGCAGAAAACAUGAGAAUGGACACUAAGGAUCUGUCCUGUCUGCUGGACUGGAACAGGUGUGAUAUUCGUCAAAGCCUCCUGCACCUGCAGUUCUGGGCCUGCAGUGGAGGCGGACAGCAGGUGCAUCGACCUUUUCCUUCCUCAGAGCUCAAAAAGGACAUCAAGAGAGACAUUCACCAUCAGUCUGUCAAAGCUCAGGAUGAUAAUGAGGACAAAAUACCACCCUGCCACACUGGAUGCACAGAGAGUUUGCUGGGGGUCCGAAAUAUGGAAACAGAAAAUAUUGCAGAUUUGCUGCUAAAGCAUGAGUCUUCAGUACUAGACAGCAUUACGUGCUGGGAUCUUCUCUCAGAAGUCCAUAGAAGAGGAGUGAAUCUUCUCUACUCAAAUAUGGAGAGUCUGCUACCUCUGCCAACCCGCCUUUUACCACAGUCCACACUCAAAUCACAGCCAACACCAAACCCACAGUCCCAGCCUGAGCAACUACCUCAGAUUGUGAGGUUGGAAGUUUUGGAAGAGCGCUCUGAUGAUGGUAGUCCGCUUAAAGUGUCCUCUCGAAUGAGGGGACGGAAAAAGAUGGGCAAUAAAGAUGUUUUCCAGUCUGAUUCAGAGUCGGAGGACGACUUCCUCUCACUGCCCAAAAACAACCGAGAUCCUGCUGAAAGCACUAAUGCAGAACCAGUCAGUCAGUCCGUGAAUGUGUCCGAAGCUGCACCGAUGAAACCAAGGCGUGUUGUGUUAUCCGAAGCUGAAAGGAAGAAGAGCAAGCCAGUGAUGCAGUGCCUAAGCAGUUUAGCAGAGUUUAUGGACAACAUGUCCUUCCUGGACUCCUCAGUGCACUACCAGUCAUUGCAAGCGGAGGGUUCCUGCAGACCACAGGACUUUAGCCGGACUGGAGCAGAGAUCAAGAGUGGGAUGACCGAUGACGUCCGGUUAGAGUGUGUCAGCCAAGUAAAUGGUGUUAAUGUUAAUGAAAUCCGUGCUGCGUUGGGGCAUUUGAGUUUCAGGAAGUGCAAGGCUGUAGUCUCUGAGGCCUGGGACAGAACACAGCAAUUGGAGGAGGAGAUCAGAAAAGAGGCAGAGGGAGAGCUCACUCUCCCUGUGGCUCCACACAAAGAUGCCUUCAGCCUCACUCAAACUACACCUUGUGACCGAAGGGUGAUGGAGAAGAGAAGUGAGGUGAUGAAGUCGGUGCUCUCCUCCAGGUCUGCUGGAACGCUUGGAAACCAGGCAGCAGCGGCUCUAGACUACCUCCCCUCUCUACGUGCCAUCUGUAGGUCAGAGAAACUGAAGGAGCAGGGAAAAAUCAAACGCAGGUUCUUGCACUAUUUGGAUGGCAUACACUUCACUCUUCCUAAAAGCACAGUGGAGUUCCUGGCUUCAGAGUUCCCCUAAAUUACACGCAUUUUAAGGCAGCCGCAUUUUAAGGGCUGCUGGUAAAUUUGCAUUUGUACAGUAAUAUAUACUCAGAAGGAGUGUGGUUUUAUGUUGUUGUGUGGACAGCACAUAUUUGUACUGAUGUUUUAAAUUUGCUGUUUCCCAUUAUGAAGAUCAUUUAUGUUUUGUACUUUGUUGUGCAUCUUCCGAAAUCUUUUAUCAAGUAAUAAAUUUGGAUUUGCUAUUUGCCAGCAAACAUGUUCUUCUCAAAAUAUAUGUAAAUUACAAGACCCUGUGAACAUGAUGGUGCUAUUUGAGUUUUUGUAUAAUUUGUAUAUGAUUUUUUUUUUUUUUUUUUU